GAUAAACACUCAGCAUUGGUUUUCACAGAGCAGGAGUAACAUGGCGGCACAGUUAGCUAGCAGAAAUGUUGUUUCACUACCGCGAAGGUCAGAGCUGGUUCUGAUAAACGGAAUUUAACAGCGAGGAUACAACAAAAAGUUUGAAAUCGGGGAAGUGGAUGAUGCUUAAAGGUUUCCUAGUGUUGCCAUCCUGCAGCUAUGCCCUGAGGGACUCUCUGGACUGAAAUCAAGACGCUGAUAUGCAUUGAGAAUGAGUGGAGUCGGUGAAAACCCAUCUGACCCUGCCAGGGCCGAGUCACGAAAACGCAAAGAAUGUCCUGCUGAACUUCUGGGACCCAGUCCCAAGCGGAGCAACGAGAAACGCAACCGUGAGCAUGAGAACAAAUACAUCGAAGAGCUCGCCGAGCUGAUCUUUGCCAACUUCAACGACAUCGACAACUUCAAUGUCAAGCCUGACAAAUGUGCAAUCCUGAAGGAAACUGUGAAGCAGAUCAGACAAAUAAAGGAGCAAGAGAAAGCAGCAGCAGCCAAUGAGGAGGAGGUACAGAAGGCUGACGUCUCAUCAACAGGCCAAAGUGUGAUUGACAAAGAUGCCUUGGGACCAAUGAUGCUGGAGGCCUUGGACGGCUUCUUCUUUGUGGUGAACAUGGAGGGUAACAUAGUGUUCGUGUCAGAGAAUGUGACCCAGUACCUGCGCUACAACCAGGAGGAGCUGAUGAACACCAGCGUCUACAGUGUACUGCAUGUCGGAGAUCACGCUGAGUUCAUCAAGAACCUGCUGCCCAAAUCCUUGGUGAACGGUGUCCCAUGGUCCAGCGAGGGUCCGAGGAGGAACAGUCACACCUUCAACUGCCGAAUGCUGGUCAAUCCCCACAGCGAGAGCCAGGAGGAGACACACGAGCACGAGCCCCAGCAGCAGAAAUACGAAACCAUGCAGUGCUUUGCAGUGUCUGAGCCCAAGUCCAUCAAGGAGGAGGGAGAUGACUUCCAGUCGUGUCUGAUCUGCGUAGCACGCCGGGUGCCCAUGAAGGAAAGACCCAUUCUUCCCACGCAUGAGAGCUUCACCACGCGUCAGGACCUGCAAGGUAAAAUCACAUCACUGGACACCAGUCUGCUGCGGGCAUCUAUGAAGCCAGGCUGGGAGGACCUGGUGAGGCGCUGCAUCCAGAGGUUCCACCUGCAGAAUGACGGAGAGAUGUCCUUUGCCAAGAGACACCAGCAGGAAGUGCUGCGCCAUGGCCAGGCGUUCAGCCCCAUCUACCGUUUCUCCCUCUCGGAUGGAACCAUUGUGUCAGCCCACACCAAAAGCAAGUUGGUGCGCUCCCCCGCCACUAAUGAACCCCAGCUCUACAUGUCCCUGCACAUUCUACAGAGGGAGCAGACAGUAUGUGGAAUGGGCCAGGACAUGGGGCCUGGCAACCAGACCACAGGAAUGGGUCCCAAGCCGAUAAACUCCUCCAACCCCUCUAUGACUCCUCCUACCCCAGGCAGUCUGCCAGGUUCAGGGCCUCAGGGCCAAGACACUACCAUCAGCAGUAACAGCACGCCUUUCUCCCCACCAGGCCCUGCUGGCCCCAGAGAACCUGGAGCCCUGGGGGGCCACAUGCAGGGCUACCGCUUUGGCUGUCCCCCACCGCACAGCCACACCGGGGGCAUGCAACCGCCACAGCAGGGCCCCAAUUGGAGGAUGAACAGCCCCUCUCGCGCCAGCCCAAGCCCAGCUGGUGGACCCCACCCACCUCAGCAGAACUCUAUGCUGUCCCCCAGGCACCGUGGCAGCCCUGGAGGGGCAGGCAGCCCUCGUGUAGCAGGAGGCUUGCACUCACCCUCCCCUGUGGGGAUGUGUGGUGGAGCACCAGGGGGUGGAGGCGCUGGUGGUACGGCAAGCACCCAUGCUAACAGCUACACUAGCAGCUCUCUUUCAGCUCUACAGGCUCUCAGUGAGUGUCAUGGGGUCGGACAUGGGCAUGGACCCCCCCAUGCACACACAUUGGGGUCCCCUGACAGAAAGAUAGGCUCUCCAGCUGGAGUCACACCAGGGUCGGGGGUCAGUGCUCAUAUGAUGUCAAAACUCGGAGGAGGCAGUGGUGCUAGUAGUGGUGCAGGCGAGUCAUUUGGCACUCACACAGAGCUGGGUCAGGGUCACACCCAGGGCCAGACAGAGAGCAACUUGGCUGAGCCCAAGGAGGAGAGAGAUGGAGCCCCUGAGGGCCACGAUGCACACAGCCGUCUACACGACAACAAGGGCCACACCAAACUGCUACAACUUCUCACCACAAAGUCAGAGCCUCUGGAGACACCCGUGUCCCCCAACACAGGGGGUGACAGCAAGGACCAGGCUGGGACAGGGGUCCGGGGAGGCCACUCGGGAGGGAAUGCCCAUGCCACCUCUCUCAAAGAGAAACACAAGAUCCUCCACCAACUGCUUCAGAACAGUACCUCCCCUGUAGAUCUGGCAAAACUCACUGCAGAGGCCACAGGCAAAGAGCUGGGCCCAGAUCAGACCCAGGGUGCUGGUACCACUGCCUCUGGGGCAGAACUCACACCUAAACAGGAGCCCCUGAGCCCCAAAAAGAAGGACAAUGCCCUGCUGCGCUACCUGCUGGAUAAGGAUGACUCUGUGCUAAAGGACAAGGCUGCCAAGCUGGAGCCAGGGGAGGUGAAGGUUGAUGGGGGCAAACACCCCUUGGUGAAGGCAGAGAAACAGGACGCUGGAUAUGACCGGGCUGAACAGCCAUCAGAACUGGAUGACAUCUUGAAUGACCUGCAGAAUGCCCAGCCCCAGCUGUUUGGUGAGCCACGGCCUGUCUCAUUGCCCAGUGCUAUGGACAAGCAGAACAUCAUCAAUGACAUCCUACAGAUGUCAGAGACCAAUCCUGCAAUGGCAGCACAGCAGCAACAAAGGGGCAUGGGGCCUGGCAUGGGCCCAGGAAACUUUAGUGGUGUCCGACCAGGCCAGCCAGGCAGGAGUCUACCAGUGAGGAGUGUGUCGCUGGACAUGAACAUGUCCCCCCAACAGCCCUCAUUACAGUACCCCAUGAGGGCCACAAGCCCAUACACUCUCAUGCAGCAGCAGCAACAGCAGCAAGGCAUGGUGGGAGGUCAUGGCAUGAUUGCUAACCAGGCCAACGUGGUCAGCACAGGACUCAUGGGUUCGGGCGGCCCACGGCAAGGCAUGCAGCAACAGGAGGGUUGGGUUGGCUCAGCUUCUGCCCCUCCUUUAGGAGCGUCUGGCCCGGGGCAGCAGGGGCCCAUGCAGGGCAGGAUGGGGCCCAACAGCGCCCCCAUGAGGCCCAACAGCCAGCCAGGGCCUCGGCAGAUGCUCCAGUCCCCAAUGAUGGCCAAUGCUCAGCCUGGCAUGGACAUUGCUAUGGCAGGCCACCAGUUCUCCCAGCAGGCUCCACCUAAUCAAACAGCCCCCUGGCCAGACAGCAUGAUGCCCAUCGACCAGGCGCCUUUUGUAAACCAGAACAGGUCGGUGUACUCGACGCCUCAGGAUGAGUUGCUGUGUGGGACAGGGUCAGGCUCUGGUGACGGCAGUACAGCAGAUGAGGGGGCUCUGUUAUCCCAGCUGUACACCGCGCUGAAGGACUUUGAUGGCCUGGAGGAGAUUGAUCGUGCCCUAGGCAUCCCUGCUCUGGUAGGACAGAGCCAGACAGUGGAGCAGGACCAGUUCCCCCAGGAUCCCUCUAUGAUGCUGGACCAGAAGCCCCCCAUGUACACACAACAGUUUGGUCCCCCACCAUCCCACAUGGCCCAGAGGGGCUACCCUGGUGCCCCCAUGCAGGACCCAGCCUUCCACCCCAUGCCUGGCCAGAUGGGCCCACGGCCGGGUUAUCCCAUGCUUAGGAUGCAGACCCGGCCUGGGCUCAGGCCCACCGGGGUUGUCCAUCAGCCCAACACACUACGGCUGCAGCUCCAGCACCGGCUACAGUCACAGCAGAACCGUCAGCCAGUGAUGAAUCAGAUGAGUGGCGUGUCAAAUGUGAACCUACCUCUAAGGGCCAAUGCUCCAAACCAGGGGACCAUCAAUGCUCAGAUGUUGGCACAGCGACAGCGGGAGCUGCUGAGUAACCACCUGAGACAAAGGCAACAGCAGCAGCAAGUCCAACAGGCCCAGCAGGUCCAGCAGCAGAGGAGCAUGGCCAUGAGGGCCCAGGGCCUCAACCUGCCUCCAAACAUGGCCACUGGAGGCAUGAGUAACCCCCGGAUCCCCCAGGCCAGCCCCCAGCAGUUCCCCUACCCGCCCAGCUACGGUACCAGUACAGGCCUGGCCUCGCCACCUCCCCCUACCAGCCCCUUCUCCUCCCCUCUCUCCCCCAGCCUGCCCUCUCUCCCCCCAAACCCUCAGCUCCACCUGCAUGGCACCUCCUCCUCCUCCUCCUCCUCCUCCUCCUCCUCACAGAUGAUGAUGGGAAACACAAACAUGAUGGGCGGACAGUAUGGGGCCGUACUCAGCCCCCAAAUGCAGCACAGUGCCUUUCAGUUUCCCAACUCAGGUAUGAGCCAGCAGGCAGACGGAGGGUUUGGAGGUCCUGGCACACCCCAAAGCCCCCUGCUUUCCCCCCGCAUGACCCACGCCCAGUCUCCGAUGAUGCAGCAGGGCCAGGGCAAUGCAGCCUUCCAGGGCUCCCCCGACAUGAAUGGCUGGCCGCAGGGCAACAUGGGAGGGAACAGCAUGUUCCCACAGCAGCAGGCAUCACCCCAGUUCACCCAGCAGAAUAACAGCAACAUGUACAACGGCAACGGCAUGAACCUCAACAGUGUCUCCAUGGCCACCAACAUGGCGACCAGCAGCAUGAGCAACAUGGGCCAGAUGGCCGGACAGAUGAGCGUCACAUCUAUGGCUUCAGGGCCCUCGCCCGGCAUGCCCUCCAUGGGACAAGAGCAGCAGAAAUACUGUUGACCCUCGUGGAGUAUUCAGCCUGAACCUCAGUGAUGAGCUGGUCCAAGGAGCAUGUCGGUCCUUUUUAACUAUACAACCACCCAACCAGCCGAUGGCCCCUUGAAUCAGCCCGGCCGUGCCCUGACCCGUCUCCCCAGCCCGCCCUUGCCGUCUGUCCCAGCCCAAGUCUUGCCCGGGACAGAUGCUGGAGGGUGCUGAUGGCUGGGGAGGGAUCAUGGAUCUCUGUCCAACACGCCUAACCCUCCUGGAGGAGAGCCUCGCGAUGAGCCAGUCUGUCUGCCUGUCCAGCUGCAUUCACCGUAGUGUGACUUACUGUAGGCCUCCCAGUGGGGGACACUGACUUAGGGGGGCAGCAGUGGUUGGGAUCCCUCGUUCUGAUGAAUGUAUUCCUCUCAGUGGACAGCGGCCAUUUACAAUCUCAUCUCAAAAAAUUAUGUACACUGUUUGUUUGUUUUUUUUUCUCCCCUCCUGCCCCUCUCACACAUUUGUGAUAUCCCCGGAUCGUUCCAAAAUGGCAGCAAAGACUCUAAGAUAUGUUCUGAAUUAUGGAUGGAGCUCAAACACUCAGCCGGUUUUGCCUUUUUGAGGUUCUUUUUUUUAUUAUUAUUAUUAGUUUUGUUUUGUUUGUUUUUUUUCUGAUGUGUGAUAAUAAAGAUGUAGAAUGAAGAUAUUGAAAAAACUGAAAAACACUGCAGAAGAAUGGUUUGAGUGGAAUGAUGAUUUGUAUGAUUAGACUAAUUUAGUCAAGAGGUUUAUAGUGUAUUAAAUUAAGUUUUAUUUUUCUGUAUAGAUUCAUUUUAAUUGUAGAUGAUUCUUUAUCGUAGUAGCAAUGAGAAGAAAUAUUUCUAAAGUGGUUAAAAGUGUGAAGGAGGCACUUUUUUAUAAUUUUAACAGUAAUGGUUGUAUUCUUUCUGAAAGAUUCUUCUAUUAACCUGAAUUAUGGAUUAUACUUUGGUCCUGUAGUUUCAGAAAAAGAUGUCAAAAUCAAAUAUGGUUUUAAAAAAGUGGAUUACAGAGAGAUUGUACAUACCGAUAAGUAAAACGUUUCCUUUCCUAUUUAUUUUAUUCCUUAGGGUUGUGGUUCUCCCCUGUCUGGUCACAACUGCUUCAAGGAGCAGAGCAGUGUGUUGUAAUUUUGAUUUUAUUUUAUUUUUUUUUAUUUUAUUUUCUUUAUUAUUUUCUUUGGGAAGUGGAGUGGGAGCCUUCAUCUUCUGGUACGAUGCAGACAGGGGUGGGAGGGGGGUGGGGAGAGACUGGUAAGGGUUGUAGGGAGGUGUGCUGUGUAUACAGUGUACAGAUUAUCGCUUGCUUCUCUGCCUUUAGCGUAGAACACCACAGAAAAAAGGAAAAAAAACGACAAAAAAAAAACAACAGGACAAAUUCAACACAGCCAUACAAAUAAUUCAAAAAAUAAACAGAAGUGUGCUUUCUAUGUUGUCUGGAGUGAAAAACGCUUCAUACAAGCUGCUAGGUGCAAAAUGUUCUGGUGUGAUGUAAAAAAGCAAUAACGAUUACUUGAGAAUCUUUUGGGGUUUUUUUGUUUUUGUAAUUUUUGUACAGUUUCCUGAAGAAAGACACAUUUUUGCUCCACGUUUGGAUGCAGUAUUAAACACAGAUAGUUUUUUAUUGCAGUUUGUACCAAGAAAGUCUACAUCCACACGCACGUUCCUAUUAGAUUAUGCAGCAUUGGCCGAGGCCUGGAGAGUAGUUGGUGAUCGUGGGCUAUGAUCCGCCUAAUGACACAUGCCCUCUCUGCCUCCAGCCGCUCCUCUAUAGCAGAGGUCAGAGUUAAGACUGCACGGUUCACAAGACCUGCUCUGACAGACACUUAGCCAUAUUUUAUGACCUCAGGCAGUUAGUUCAACUAUAAAGUGUUCAAUAAAAACAUGCCAUUGUUUUGCCCCGGUAGGGGUUUGGUUUGACCUUCACAUGAUCAAAAGCAAAGUCACCUUCUCUAACCUCAAAAGUACAUUUUCCUCAAAAAGCAAAACUUUUGAUAUGAACUAUUUUAACCCAGGACAGACUUGGAGCAAGCCAAAUAACCCUCGCCUUUCAAUUGGAUUUCUGAAUUCUACCAGCCUUUUUUUUUUUUUAUUAUUAUUAUUAUUAUUAUUUUGGUAGUGCAACGCAACCUAUUGGACAGCAUGUUUUUAAGGCCCAUAGAAAUGUAUAAUGAUGUCACUUCACGGGGUCUGGUGUAGACUUCACAGCUUAAUUGUAUAAGAAGAGAAAGAAUCAUUCUGAAUGUAUUGUCAUCAAAGGCCUAAGAAUCUGAUGGUGUGACCACAGCUGAUAAUGUCAAUUGAUAUUGACAGCAAAAUGUUGGACUCACACCGAGCUGUUUUCAGCAUGUAGGUGGGAAAUUGGCCACAGUUGGUUCUUUUAUUUUUAUUAUUAUUUUUUUUCUGUUUUUUAAGGUCUCAGUUCUCAUGAUACUAAAUUGGAAACCUAAGAGCAAGCCAGCUCUGAGACAAAGGAAGUCUACAUUUUGAUUGUUUGGAUCAUCAAAGUUGUGUUAACACUCGUUUUGCUGGACAAGAAAUCACACUUUUUUGAUAAAUGCUGUUUUGAUUGUACAAAAAAAAAUACACCAGUCGUGAAGAACAAGCAUUUUAGAGCCAUUUUAAAGAAUGAUUCACAGCCCUUUGCAAAUUUCCAAAGAUUGUCAAGAUUUUGAAAAAGAAAAAAAAAAAAAGACUUAAAGCCAUGUGGUAGCAAUGCAUUUUUUUAGCAUUUAUAACUAGGACAGGAGCAAACAAAUACUUGCCCCGCAAAAAAAAGAAAAAAAUCCAGGCUUUGAACCCACUAAACAAAUAUUUUUUUCCUCUUUGCGUAUGGUUUUGGAGAACUUUAAAUGCCCUUUUUGUAUUGUCUGCCAAUUUCUUAGAGCUAAAAUGCAACCUUGAAAUGCUAAAAACCCUAGCAUAAUGCCUUAGAUUUCGUCCGUUCUCGUUCUUGUACAUUAUACCGCUGUCUGUAUAAAUUUGUAUAAUGAUUCAUGUACAAUAUUGAAUGGGUGCAUCAUUGCUCAACUCAUCUUAGUUGCUGGAGACUUGGCCACAGUAGGACUUUCUCUCUCAUAGCUCAGUUUCCCUGUUCUGUCUGUGUUGGGUUGAAGACUGUGUUAUAUUUUUUUCCUCUUCACGGUUUGUUGAGCUAUGUAUGCAAAAGAUGAUACAUAGGGAUAUCGAAGCAAUAUGUAAUAUACUAUAUGAACUUUCUGGAGAAAGCUUAGUGUUGCGUUUCCCGAGAUGAUUUUUUUUUUUCCUGCAUUGUUCACAGAAAUCACACUGUACACCCGCAUCGACCUUUGUACCCCUAGUGUGUGUGAGCGUUUUAUGCAAAGUUAGAUAUACAAGAGAAGUUAAAAACCACAGUUAUGCAAGUUGUGAACUAAUAUGGCUUCGCUGAUGCUAUUUGCCUUGUAAAUAAAGAAUUCUGUUAUUGCAACAUUUAA